UUCAAUUCAAAUUAAUGUUGUGUUUAAUCUAAUAAUAGAUUGAAGAUAAAAUCGUCUCAGCCCAGGAAAUCGUGUUCUGACAAUCAAACCUCUCCUGGUACGCUGAGAGAAAUAACCACAACAUUUUCCUCAAUGUCAGCCAAUCACAAGUUCUUUUUCAUCUUUCCGCCUUCAGUCUAAUGGGCGUCAGAAAGGUAUCAAAUGUCUUUACUCGGAUCAUCACCAUGAAAUGGAUGUAUAUAUUUCUACGCGUUAUCUUGGGUGCUGUUGUGUCCUUUCAGAACGUACUCUCUAACCCAGUAUUGGAGCUGAUUGUGAGACCAGGAGAAAACGUUACUCUAUACUGUGACUGUAAUUCCUCAACUGGUGUUUAUAUCAUUUGGUUCAGAAAUUGUUCUCAUGAAAAUCAGCCAACCUUUGUAUUGGAAACCGUUGAAGCCAAUCCAAAAAAGGAAAUUCAUCACUCAUAUGAAAGAAAAUAUUUACAUUAUCAUUUUAAAUGGAACAUAUCUACGAGCUCGUAUGAUUUACUGAUUAACAGCAUCAGUGAAACUCACCUGGGACUAUACUACUGCGGAACUCGAGAAAAACUUACUCUGGAUGCAGGAUUAACCAAAUUUGUCUACACAUAUGGAAAUUCAACCACAAGGAUUUUAGUUGGCCCUGCUGCUCCAGACUGUGGACAGUGCUGGAUGCUGCUGGUCAUCCUGUGUCCCUCCUCUGCUCUUCUCCUCUCCCUCCUCUCAUCCUUGGUCGUCUACCUCCGCUGCAGAAGGAAAGAUGAAGACCUCCAUGUUGCUCAGACAUCACCCAGCAGUAGAGAUGUAACAUCAAUCAGGAACCAGGAUGAAGUUGGCCUGUGUUACGCUACACUGGAUAUCCCUCUACGUUCUCAGAGACCUAAAAAGAAGAGAGUCCAACCCUCAGAGUUCAGCACCUACUCAGCCAUCAAUACUAAGAGGAUGUGACCAUGACCAAGUCUUUAAUACCAAUACAGGGCUCUACUUCCUCAAUAUGACCUCAUCUUUGUGCUGUCAAGAGGACGAAGAAUAUAUAGUUUAGUUAUAUAUAAAACUAAUGGCCAGUUUUUAUUUAUUUAUUCAUAUUCAUGCAUACAUAUAUUAUUUAUGUAAAGAAUAAAGCCCUCCUCUCUUUGGUCUUCUACUUCCUCUUCCUGUUUGCGCUGUGUUGAAAACUCCACGUCACAAAUGAUCUCAGAGCUUCUCCGCCCGCAGUACGAGUGGGCUUUGAGAGGCGGUUUGGUUAGGGUUCCUCCCAGAAAAAAAAGCAUACAGCCCAACGCACACACAUAGACUCCCCAACAACAACAAAAAAAAACACAGUCGCAGACAC